AUGAUGACGCUGUUGAAUCCCCGCGAAACUCAUUCGCUUUUCUCCCCGGACCCCAUACGAUCUCCCACGGCCCAGCGGUAUUUCCUUGGAGACCACGCUAUCCCCGGAAAACCAUCCAUGCAAAAUGAGUAUCGGGCGAGGGAACCCUCCCCGAUCGCAUCGACCAUUCCCUCGGCGCCCCCUUCUCCGAGCUACACUCCUCUCCCCGAGCGAAUUGCCUACGCACCCUCUCUAAGCAGCUUGUCGCCGGAUCAUGAACUAGUCCUACCUUCAUACGAGUCGGAUCUCUUUCACAAUGCCAAAGAACCAGAGGAUGCGAGUGUCGCGUCGACAGAAUCACACUCGUCCUCUUGGACGUUACGGGCUCCUUCGGCAGACGACUCCUCAAUCGAGGACGAACCAUCAAGGCACGUGGACUACCUUUCUCAUGACUGGAACGAGGAGGAUAUUUGGUCCUCAUGGCGUUAUGUGACCAGUCGGAAGAAUAUUUACAAUAAUGGGGUGAGGUUAGAGAAUGCCUCGUGGAGGACUUGGGCCAAGGCCAAGCACAAUCUGAAGACGAUCUCCCCGGAAAGUCUCAAUUGGCUGAAGGAUUGCGAUGUCACCUGGCUUUACGGGCCCCUUAAGAGUUCCGUUGGGCGGACGACUUCUCCCUCUCCCCCUCCCAGCCGCCUAGAAACGCCAACCUCUUAUCUGGAUCGAAAGCCCAUUCUGAAGAAGAAGACGGCAUCCGAGACCAUUCUCCAGCGGUCAUUGUCCCAACAUACAUUACUCCAGCAUGCCGGGGCCAUUCUCAAGGCUCAAGAAGCUGAGAUCAACUGGACUCGGCCGCCUUUCCCACGGUCCAACACAGACUUGGACCAAUUACACCACCGGACUGGAUCCUCCAGUUACUCCCUCGGUGGCACUCUAACCACCUCAUCAUCGUCAGGAAUGGCAUCUCCCAGCGAACGACGCCAUAUCCACUUUAACAACGAAGUUGUGCAAUGCAUCGCGGUUGAAGCCAAAGGCUACGAGGACGAAUGGCCCGCCACCUUCGAGGACGAGUCAUCCUCGGACGACGGCGUGGUUUUCAUGAGACAGAUCUCCAGCCGGGCCUCCCUGAGCCACCGCAGCACCCCACGCAGCAGUUUCAGCGGUGAGGGGAAAACCAUCGCUCCUUUGCCCUCGACCACACUGAAGUAUCGCGGGGAUCCUCCGGAGCCUCGUGUUCCGACGAUCUUAGAUCGUUGGUCCACGACGCCGACCCCCACACUGUCACCCACCCCAUCUGUGGAGACCCUGCGGCCGCCGGGGCGCUCCGAGCCCCCAGCCAACUUUCUGCUGGACGAGGAUGAGGAUCCCAAUUUGGACUACACGGGCAAUUACCCUGAUCGUGAUGGCCCUUGGUUCAUCGGGGAUGACCCAACGGCAGAUCGCCCGCUCCGGCUGAGUGCAUCGGGCAUGAUCAUGCCCGAGGGUGAAAGUGAGACCCCCAGCAGCAUAUUCGACCGCGUUGUGGACACUGUGAACACCGCCCGAGACAUCGCCCACGUAAUCUGGAACGUUGGCUGGCGACGUUAA